UUUUGAACGAAGCGGUAUUUAACAACUACACAUUAUGAUUGUUAUUAUUAUUUUCGUUUGUGUUGAAAGUUUAUUGUCAACGCAUCUCUUUUGCAUCUCGGAUUCCACUCUGAUCAGAAAUGGCGCAGAAGCUUAACUUGGAUAAUGUUGCCGUCUCUGCGGACGUCUACCGCUCUAGUUUCCCCUCCACCUUCACCUUCGGCGUCGCCACUUCCGCUUACCAGAUCGAAGGAGGCUGGAACGAAGGUAAAUAGGGGCCAAACAUAUGGGACAAGUUCACUCAUCUUGAAGGAAAAGUUGUUGACGGAAGCAAUGGCGAUGUCGCUGUGGAUCAUUACCAUAGAUAUAAGGUUUAGCACAAUAAACUUCUUUUUUUUUUUCCUUUUUUUUUCCCUAUGCUUUCCUUAUUUCUUCAGUAAUUUUCAGGAAGACAUUGAGCUUAUUGAAGCAUUAGGAUUCAGCGCUUACAGAUUUUCCAUUUCUUGGUCUCGCAUUUUCCCUGAUGGUCUGGGAACUGAAGUCAAUGAAGAAGGCAUUGCUUUCUACAAUAAUAUUAUCAAUUCCCUUCUUGAAAAUGGUAUUCAGCCGUUUGUCACUCUGUACCAUUGGGAUCUCCCCUCACAUCUCCAGGAAUCCAUCGGGGGUUGGACAAACAGGAAAAUUGUAGACUAUUUUGGCCUCUAUGCAGAAGCUUGUUUUGCCAAUUUUGGUGAUAGAGUGAAGCACUGGAUUACAUUAAAUAAACCACUUCAGACCUCGGUGAAUGGACACUGCAUUGGGAUAUUUGCACCUGGAAGAAAUGAAAAACCCUUGAUCGAGCCAUAUUUGGUCUCACAUCAUCAAGUUUUGGCUCAUGCAACUGCUGUUUCAGUAUAUAGAAGCAAGUACAAGGAAAGUCAAGGCGGACAAAUUGGUUUGUCGGUUGAUUGUGAGUGGGCAGAGGCAAAUUCGGAGAAAAUGGAGGACAAGGUUGCUGCUGGUAGGAGAAUUGACUUUCAACUUGGAUGGUUCUUGGAUCCUUUGUUUUUUGGAGACUACCCUGCAAGUAUGCGCCAGAAAUUUGGAGAUAAUCUUCCUACAUUUACUCCGGAAGAGAAGGAGUUUAUGCUUCAGAACUCAUGGGACUUUCUUGGCAUAAACCACUACACUUCGAGGAUAAUUGCUCAUGUCUCAAACAACGAAGCCGAGAGUGACUUUUACAAAGCACAAGAAUUGGAGAGGAAUGUUGAAUGGGAAGAUGGAGAGCCUAUAGGCGACAGGGCAGCUUCGGAUUGGCUUUACAUUGUGCCUUGGGGAAUCCGGAAGACUUUGAAUUAUGUCAGCGAAAAAUACAACCACCCUUCAAUAUUUAUUACUGAGAAUGGCAUGGAUGAUGAAGAUGACGGAUCUGCCUCUAUCCAUGAUAUGCUCGACGAUAAGCGUAGAGUUGCCUAUUUCAAGAGUUACCUUGCCAAUGUCGCGGAGUCUAUCAAAGACGGAGUGGACAUAAAGGGAUACUUCGCAUGGUCGUUGCUGGACAACUUCGAAUGGGUGCAAGGUUUCACCAAGAGAUUUGGUUUGGUAUAUGUAGACUACAAGAAUGGUUUAACCCGUCACCCAAAAUCUUCUGCCUAUUGGUUCAUGAAGUUUCUUAAAGGUGAUGAAGACAACAAAGGUAAAAAGGAAUGGAAAACAGAGAAAGGAAAUCCAAAGCUACUAUAACAUUUACACGAUUUGCGCUGUGUUAUUAUAAAUUUGUACCAAGGAGAUUAGUCGAUGAUGGUGGUGGUAUAAAAUCAUUACAAAACAAAUCACUUAUGCCAUUCUUUGGUUUAAAGCUUGUACUAGAUUUUGAUCCGUGCAACCGCGCGUGAUUAUUUAUAUAUGUAUU